UUUUUUGUGGAACAUCUUAAACAACUUGGAUUGAAAGAAAUGUUUAAUAAAGAUCCUGAGGCUUUUCCUGUAAAUCAUCUAUCAGUACUUGUGGAAGAGCUUGUAGCAUUAAUUAAUAUGUUACAUGAAUCUAAUUUGAGAUGUUUACAGUUUCAAAUGCAUGCGUCAUUGGGAAAUGCUCUGCCUUCUGAUAUUAUAUCUAAAGCUGUUGUAUCUCAUUUACAAACAUCAUGCUAUUCUGUGGUUAUUGGAGGCUCAGAAUUCAUUAUAAAUCAGGUUCUACGUAUCCUUUCUCUUGUAAGUUCCAAAAGAGAAUCCUCAUCUUCCCUUUCUAUUACCCAAUUAUCAUCUCAAUCAUAUAUUCGAGGACUUUAUAUUCAAGGUGCAAUCAAAGAUGUAGAAAAAGGAGUCCAGUGCCUAUUAGAUAAAGCAUAUGAGGAAUCCUCACCAUUAACUGUUAUUGAUGCAGAUUUAUUCAAAGUAUGGCAGACGAUAACAGUGUCGGAAAAUGCUGAAAAAGAAAAGAAUCCCCCUUCUGUUGUGACUGAAACUGGAUGUUUAGUGCCUGAUCUCAUAAAUGAUAUACUGUCAUUUGAAAAAUAUCAAGGAGAUUGUACAAGCCUAAUACAGGGUUUUACUAGAAGUUUAAUGAUGAAGGCUACUUCCUUGGUGAAAAUUGUUUAUCAUUUCAGGGAAUGUGGAAAACUUUUGAGUAAAAGUGAUUUGAUGACAAUGUGUGGUUUGCGUACAUUUGAAGAUCUUCAUGUACUUCUUGGCUAUGCUGAAAAGAUAAAACCUGGAAUAAGUUCCUAUCUUUUAUAAUGCUGUUACUUCGUAAUGAAAAUAUCUGCUGAAAUCAAUUUCAUGUUAAAAAAAUUGCCUUAUAUACCUGUUGGCCGUUUAAAUUUUCGGUAAAUUGCUGUUGGAUUUAAAUAAAUUUUGAUUAUUUAUAA